AUGUUAAGUCGUACACAGCCUACUCGAAUGCGUUCUUACUAUCAAUACGUUGAUCUGGGAGUCCUUGAUCCGCAUUGUCGAAUUAAAAAACGUCCAUCAAUUUUUACCAAAGAUUUUUACCGUAUUUUAAGAGAAGAUUUUGGAUAUAAUGUUUUAAAUUGGUCAUGUUGGAUAAAAGUAACUCAAAGUAUGGGAUUCUUUGAACGUGUAAAAUAUUAUGAUGAAUUCAAAUUGAAAGCUUUAAAGAUGUAUACAGAUCUAAAUCAAAAUUUUGCUGAAUUAAAAUUCGAAUUAAAAGCACGUGAAGAACAAGGAAACAAAUAUUAUUGGAAAUAUCAUGGACUAGUUGAUAAUCCCAAAUACCAAUGCAUUCGCUAUUAUGAUACUGGUUUAGCACAAUUGAUAAUCAAAUUACAUACUAAACAAUGCAUUGUAAUGUUUGACAGAGAAGGCAAGCUAAUUACUGGGGAUCCAAAAGAAAUCAAAAAUAUUGUUCAAUAUGUCGUGUUUCAACGUCAGAUAGGUGAAAAAGGUGAUUGGGGGAUAUAUGGAUAUUAUAAUCCAGAGGCACCGAUAAAAGUCUUCAGAAUUGAUUCAGAUAAAAACCAACUUAUACCUGGUUGA